GACUUCCGCAGCACUCCAAGGGACACGAAACAAAAAAGUUCGGGAAACCAACAGACCGGCCUUCUACAUGCCACAUAAUACUUGACCUCUAGGCAACAGCUUUUGCUUAUAUCCCCCCCAUCUCGGUUCUUUCACCGUUGUCUCCGAAUUCUACGGGCGCAUUCCGCUCAGCUGUUCACGAUGCCUACAAUGUGGCUUUCAGAUACCCAAAAGAUCGGGGUCGCCUUCUGCUCGGGGGGCGGCUUCUUUUUAUUAGGAGGAGUAAUGAUGUUUUUUGACCGGGCAAUGCUGGCAAUGGGCAACAUCCUCUUCAUAAUCGGCCUCACCCUCAUAAUCGGCUUCCAAAAGACACUUGCCUUCUUCGCGCGCCGCCAGAAAUGGAAAGGCACAGCCGCCUUCGCUGCCGGAAUCACGCUUAUCCUGCUACGGUGGCCGUUCUUCGGCUUCUUGAUCGAGGGCUAUGGCAUAUUAGUGCUGUUUGGGGACUUCUUUGCAACGAUUGCGGGCUUUGUGGGUAAUGUGCCGGUCGUGGGGCCGUAUAUUGCGCAGGCGUUGGAGAAGAUAUCUGGGGGUAGGAGGAAUGCGGAUCUACCGGUGUAAGAGAGAGGCAUAAAGAAGACGGAUAUUAUUGGGAGC